UUGGAAUUUUAAAUAGUAACUUUUUGUAUUUUUUUUUAUAUUCUGUUAUUCCAUGAUUCGUGAUGAGCGGUUUAUUCUUUUGAUCUACUCGUCAAUCCAUUAUUCGAACUCCCUGCUGUUUUCAAAAUUUUAUAAAAUUUAAAUAAUUAUUUAAUUUUAGAGAAUAAACAAUGGUUGAAAUCGCUAGAAGUCAACACUGAUGGAGUUGUUAUUGGGCAAGCUCAAACCUCUGUCAAUAACGAUUUAUUUGGAAUUUAUACUGGGAAUAUGACGGAUGGUUCUACAAUUCAAAAUUUUGACACCAACAAUGCUGAUUCUGACAAUGCUGAAAACGAUAAUACUGAUUUACAAAAUGGAGAUACUGAUAACACAAACUGUGACAACACUCUCAAUAAUAAUGCUGACAUUAACAAUACUGAUACUGACGAUAUAAACUGUGACAAAAUGGACAUUAAUAAUACUGAUACUGAAAUUGUAGACUGUAGCAAUACUUAUACUAAUAAUAAUGCUGACAUUAAAAGUACUGAUACUGAUAUUCCAGACAUUGAGAAAACUUUUAAUAACAAUCCUGAUACCGGCAUUGUAGACUGUGACAAAACUUAUGAUAAUGAUAAUAAUACUGACAUCAAAAAUACUGAUACUUAUACUAAAGACUGUGACAAAUCAUGCACUGAUAAUACUAAUAUUAAUGACGGUAAUACUACCAUAACUGACAACACUACUGAUCCUGAUAUCAAUACUACAGGUGAUAAUCACACUAAUACUGAUAAGACGAACUACGAUAACACUGAUAAUAACAAUAUUUAUAUUAACAAUACUAAUAAUAACUCAACUGACUACAUCGAACCUACAAAUAAUACUACCAAUUUUAAUUUAAACGCAACAAUUAAUACUACUAUUGAUAACGAGACUAAUAAGAACCAAACCAAUGAUGAUAGUCUUGCAUCUACGUUAAAUUCAAGUAAUACUCAAGUUGAAAUAUUAUCACAAAGCGGAGUGUUUGUUUCGACUGAAUCCUAUGAAGAAAUGGUUAAAAUCACGAGUAACCCUAGAAAACUCACAAGACUUGUUUUAAAAUCUGUAUUUGGGAAUGAGUUGCAAGUAAUGAGCAUAACUGGUCGGGGCAAAGGUGUUACGAAAGCUAUUCCACCGAAAAUUUUAAAAGCAUGUCAAAAAUUUGUGAAGCUUCAAACCUCACCCAAAGAAUGGAUAGGUCAUGAAGCAUUUCAAGUUUGUGUGACACAAAUGUGUAAUACUCUCAGUCAUCCUAAGAGAGAUAAGAAGGAUGAAUGAAGUUUUAUGUGAUGUGAAAAAUAUGGUUAAUUAUGUUGUAAAAAAAUAAAAUAU